GUUUAACUUUGUAUAGUAAACAAUAAUUAAAAAAAAAAAUUAUAUUUUAAUUUUUUAAACUAAAAAAUUUAAUUAAAAAUUUUGAUAAAAAUGUUCAGAUUUGUUGCACUUAUUGUAAUUUUGGGUUAUGCUACCGCUCAAGAUCAUGCUGCUAUAACAACAAAAUUACAAAAUAUUGUAAAUGGUGAUGGUACAUAUGCAUAUGAAUAUCAAACAUCAAAUGGUAUUGCUGGACAAGAACAAGGUACUGGUGGUGAAUAUGCACAAGGAAGUUUUGCUUAUUAUUCACCAGAAGGUGAAUUAAUACAAUUACAAUAUUCAGCUGAUGAAUCUGGUUUUCAUCCAACUGGACCACAUUUACCAACACCACCACCAAUUCCAGAACAUGUUUUACGUGCUUUAGAAUAUAUUCGUACACAUCCAUCACCCGAAUCUCAACCACAAUUAUUUAAAAGAAGAAUUUAAAAAUUUAUUUUUUUUUUUUUAUUAGUUUAAAUUGAAUCCUAAGUAUAUGGAGGAGAAAAAUAUUUUCUUUUUUUCUAUAAAAAAGAAUAUUUUUUCUUGUAGUCAAGUAUUA